GGACAUGUGUCUUUGUAGCGACAUGAAGUGAAACAUAGAUAUGACUUUAAAAACUAUUUGGACUAUUUUAUGUGUCUUUAGUUUCUUACCAUGGAAAGUGAAAACAGACAAUGGCAUGUUUAUGACCACCAGAAGAAGAAAUUGGAUAGACAGUUUAAGUUACUGUAGCUUAGUUUCUGAGAACAAUCUGCAUUAUUUAUAUAACAAGGAGUACGCUGGUUGGGCUGGUGGCAUUUAUUUAAACACACAGUGGAUGAUUCAUCACGGAUGUUAUAGCAAGUCUGGAGCAAUGAAUAGUAAUGAUGUCCAUGAUAUUAAAAGAUUAUCCCCACAACUUUGCUCAGAGAAAUGUAAAAUAUUACCAUAUUUUGCACUAAAGACAUGUGUAAUGGAAGCUGGAGAGUAUGUUGAUGUCUUUCUUAGUCAUUCUCCAGCACUCUGA